AUGGUAAAAUUGGCUGAAAUUCCAACAGCCUUCUUCCUUAGAUCCAGAUACGGAAAAAUAUCUAGUACUCUGCAGAAACAGAACGAUUUUAGUUACUUCAUCAAAAUGAAUUUAGACGACACUUAUUGGAUGGUGGCCGCGAUUGACUUUGGAACCACAUAUUCCGGCUACGCUUUAUCAUUUCGAGAUUCAUUUCUCAAAGAUCCGUCUGAUAUUCAGAUCCCGACAUGGUACGCUGGCAUAGGUGGAAUGGCCUCUAGUAAAACGACAACGUCCAUAUUAUUUAGCCCAGAUGGCAAAGUUCAUUCCUUUGGUUAUGCGGCAGAAGACAAUUAUACCGAAUUAGCGUUAGAUAACAUCCACAAUGAAUGGUAUUUCUUCCGCUGGUUUAAGAUGGCAUUGUAUGACAAAAAGGUGGACAGACACAUGAAACUGACGGCAUUCAAUGGGAAACAAUUACCAGUCAUUACGGUAAUUUCCGGAGUUAUAGGCUAUCUCAAAGACCACGUAAUGAAGACAGUAGAGAAUGAAGUGAUGGAACUUUUGGAUAAGGACAUUCGCUGGGUAUUGACAGUUCCGGCGAUUUGGAGUGACUCAGCAAAACAACUGAUGCGUGAAGCAGCCGAAGAGGCAGGUAUAUCUGCGAAUAAGCUGAUACUGGUAUUAGAACCGGAAGCAGCAUCCAUUUUGUGUAAACAACUUCCGGUUAAGCACCUUACGUCAUGUGUAGCUGAGGAUCAGGAAGUAACAUUUCAAGCAGGAACAAAAUAUGUGGUCCUUGAUGCCGGAGGUGGCACCAUAGAUAUUACAGUACACCAAGUGACGACGGCGGGAUAUCUGAAGGAAAUCUACAAAUCAAACGGCGGGGAUUGGGGAGGUGCAAAAGUUAACAAGGAGUUUGAAAAUUUACUGAAAAGUAUUGUCGGAAAAGAAGCGUACACGGGAUUUAAAUACAGUCAGAUUUCCAAUUGUUUGGAUCUCUACCAAUAUUUUGAGAUAAAGAAAAGAUCGCUAAAGGAAACAGGUAAAACAAGUAAAGUAACUUUUACUCUCCCUUCUGGUCUUUCAGAAAUUAUACGUGAACAAUGUUCUGGUCAAGGGAAUAACGUAGCUAUUUCAGACAAACUUGGUUGGUCGUUGUCAGACAUUCAGUUGACACGGGACAAAUUACGAUUGUCACAGGAGAAAGUUAAAGCUUUGUUUGAGCCAUCACUUCGACAUGUUCAAGAUCACGUUUCCGGAAUUCUGUCUAACCCGGAUGUAGAAGGAUGCACAGCCAUUUUGAUGGUAGGUGGCUACUCGGAAUGUUCACUCCUCCAGGACGCCAUCAGAAACAUCGCUGGAGACAUCCGUGUCAUCAUCCCUAACGACCCGGGUCUGGCUGUACUGAAAGGUGCUGUAAUUAACGGUCACCACCCAGAGAUGGUGUCACAACGGAUAUGUAAAUACACAUACGGAGUGGGAGCUAGGCUUCCAUUUAUAGAAGGGGUACACAGAGAAGACUAUCGAGUGACAGAAGAGAACGGGGAUAUCCGAUGUGAAAAUGGUUUUUCUUCAUUUGUCACACGGGGAACACAUUUUCACUUUGGUACAUCUUCAGUUACCAAAUCGUUCCGUGUUAUUUCUUCAAACCAAACAUCCAUUUCUUUCGGAAUUUACGCCUCAACGUCUGAUAAGCCAAUGUAUUCCACAGACGACAGUGUCCAGAAGAUAGGAAAACUCGUACUGGAUAUGGCCGACACCUCGCGCGGUUUAGACAGGGGAGGAAACGUAACGAUGUAUUUUGGAGGAUCAGAGAUCGAGGUGAAAGCCGUUGACAAGCAUAGUGGAAAUGAAAUACGAGUACGUGUUGACUUUCUUGGAUAGAAUUUGCGGACUUAUUUGACGUAAUGCCAUUAACAACUAAAUCGUCUUUAUCAACAAUAUAUGACAAAUUGUAUUUUACCAUUAGAUAUAUAGCGGUUAAAUACAGCAUGUGGUGGAUAUGAACAUUCGUAACUUGCGUCAAAAACUAUAUAAAAACCAAUUAAUGAAAUCAAUUUACAUCGUACGCAGUGAGCGAAAUCUGUGAAAAUUGCGUUGCUACAGUUUGUUUUACAGCAUGAUAAAUGAUAUCCAAUUGAAAUAUCACAGAAAAUUUGGCCGUCUCCCAAUAAUUCGGUUGUGUUGAUAAAAGGAAAUAAAAUUCAUGAUCUGUGUACGAGACACAGGUAUAGGACCGGCGUACGCUUUUCACCCUAAAAUGUCUUUUUUACCGGUAUAGGGAACGUAUGAUUUUGAGUUAGGAUUCAAAAGCAUUUACGAACAGCUUUGUGUGAAACGGACUUCCGAUAUUCGUAAGUUUUGCGUAAAAUUUUCAUGAAUGUUUAUGCAAAGUUGUAAGUUACGAAGCUUUUUGAAAUUAUACCCAUGAAACGAAAUUAACCUUUGUGAUUCAGAAAAAAAAU